AUGAACGAUCUUCUAUCGGAAUCAUUUGAAAUCCCACGUGGGCAUGGAAAUGGGGACGUCGAGUUUGGGGCAUAUUUACGAACUUCAGGAGAACUGGGCUUGGAUACUUUCUUCAAAAAGGUUCAAGAGCUUGAUAAACAAUUUGAGAGGCUGGGUAAGCUUCUCAGACAGCUCCAGGAUGCUCACGAGGAGUCCAAAGCGGUGACCAAGGCUCCUGCCAUGAAGGAUAUUAAGCAGAGAAUGGAGAAAGAUGUUGAUGAGGUUAAGAAAAUUGCCCAUCACAUAAAAACGAGAAUUGAAGAAUUGGACAGAGAAAACCUGGAAAAUAGGCAAAAGCGUGGGUGUGGAAAAGGAUCAGGUGUCGACAGGUCAAGAACAGCAACCACCGUUGCCUUAAAAAAGAAAUUGAAGGACAAGAUGGACGAAUUUCAGAGGCUGAGGGAAAUCAUACAUCAAGAAUAUCGCGAGGUUGUAGAGAGGCGUGUUUAUACAGUGACGGGCACAAGAGCUGAUGAGGAGACAAUUGACAGAUUGAUUGAGACCGGAGAUAGUGAACAGAUUUUCCAGAAUGCCAUUAAGGAACAUGGAAGAGGCCGGAUAUUGGACACUCUAGCAGAAAUUCAGGAACGGCACGAAGCAGCUAGGGAUGUUGAGAGGAAGCUUCUUGACUUGCAGCAGAUAUAUCUAGAUUUGGCAGUGUUGGUUGAUUCACAAGGAGACAUUCUUAACAACAUAGAAUCCCAGGUAUCAACUGCAGUAGAUCACGUACAGCAGGGCAAUAAUGCGCUUGUGAAGGCAAAGAAGUCCCAGAAGAGUUCGAGAAAAUGGAUGUGCAUUGCUAUAAUAAUACUUCUUGUUGUUGUCGCCAUCGUUCUUACUUCUGUCCUCAGACCGUGGAGUGACAGAAGGGGGGCCUAG